AUUCAGAUAAAAACGUUGCUUUGCUACUGCACGGCUGCGAGGUUUCAAUCUGUCGGAAUAAGACGCAGUUUCGGUCAUGUGCACCUUCUACAUUUUCAUUCGCGGACUUCUACGUGUCAUCAUUCAUUGUGUUCAUUGCGCCUGCAGGUUUGCGUUGAGCUCGCCUGGCCUGGUCGUGCCGGGAUGAGCUCCUGCGCGAAACUUGGCAGCCCGUCCGAGCCGAACCCCGUAUUUCCUAUCAAGUAGUUCUAGAUGUCGGGCAGCCGCGACCUCCAGGGCCACCUCACAAAAACGGAGCGCAACCUAAUCCCCCAAUCUCGACUUUUUCGUUGUUCCAACGAAAAAAACUCGCAUAGAGACAACCCUGACCGCAAAUACCGAAUAGUGGAAAGCGCCAGCCUAUGUUUGUGUGCACUCGCCAGCCUAUGUUUGUGUGCACUCGCCAGCCUAUGUUUGUGUGCACUCGCUGAGCGUCAUGAACCCGGCAGAAUAUCUGGCGUACUUGUGCUCCAGGCUGGAGGUUUCUGACAAUGAGAUUGAGCACAAGGAGACGGAGUUGAAGGCAACGCUGAGGGAGCUUCGUGAGAAGCCCGAGGACGCCGUCCUUCUUGCGGAGCGCGACCGGCUGGUCGAAGCCCUCGCGGUCCUGAACGCUCGCCGAAGGAAUCUGGAGGACAAACUGCCAGGCGUGGGCACAAUAGGCGGUGAUGCAGGCGCGGCGGCUGGCCUGGACGUGGGGAGCGCGGCACGGGCCGGCCCGUCAGCGUCCCAGGGCGCGGAGACCGCGGUGGGAGCCGGGUCGCUGCCGGCUGCUCCUGGGCAGAGCUUAGGAGGCACUGCAGACGCUGGCUACUUCGCGGACAUCUUAUCAUCCGCCCUCUACGGCAUGACCUUCACGCUGUACGAUGGCGUCGACGUGGCCAUGAGGCUUGUCUCUCACGCAAGGGCCAACGGAUUCAGGGGCGAGGUCAGGCACGUGUCGACAUUACGCUCCGACUUCACGCUUCUGCUGGACACUGAUGACGAGGCAAGCAAGCAAACAUUCAAGCGCUUCGUGAAGUGGCUGGCGACACAGGUGCCGGUCCGCGCCCCUGGCGCACAGGCGAAUACGGCGUUUGCGAAAGCAGCGGAAGAGGACGCCGCGCGGGUGGAGGUGACGUCGGACCCGUUCAACCCUCUCACCCGCGACCGGGAGCUGCUGGACAUGUACAACCAGGGGCCGCUGACCGUCUACGCUACUACGGAGGUGCGGCGGGCGCUGCAGAAAGCUAACACGGCAGCGGAGCAGUGGGAACGGCUCAGCCAAUCCAGCCUGGGCACGUCGAGAGUGUCUCGGUCGCACGCCGAGUGAUGGUGGUGUCAUUUGGGCAGCUGGAAGCUGUGGGAGGCAACAAGGCGGGGUAGUGGGCUUUUGGGGAUACAGGGAUUGGUGGCGGGCGAGGGCCUGGUGGCGGCGGUGGUCACCGCCCCAAGCCCACCACCAGCUGUAGUGGCACGCAUGUGCGGAGCGGAGGGGGCGGACAGGGCCAUGUUGAGGAGGAGAAGAGCGCCGCCCCCGUGCACAGGUUAAGACCUGCCAUGGUGUGAUAAGUGACGUCUAUGCAAAUAUGGCAUGUUGAUUUCUCUGGCGGGAUGCUUUAGCUUGACGUGCGUGAUUCGAUGCAGCUUGGUGGGCGGUGCCUGAUCGAACCGAAUCCAGCAACGUCCGGGAGAUGAGGCGUUGUUUCGAAACCUUCGGCCUCAGACGGUACACGCUGUGUAGGCUUGGCCACUUGCCUCGUCACGGGAGACCACCUUAAAUGUCAACGUCUGGGAUGAGAAGUGCCCAAGUUUUACUCUAAUUGCA